AACUACUUUGAUUUCACCUCUCACAUAUCAACAUGGGUCUCUUCCACCACGAAUCUGACGAAGCCAAGGCGUACGAAACAGUUAACAACGCCACUAAAGAGCACAAAGCCCAUCUCUCUCAUGAGCUGAUCGCUGCCGCCGCUUCAUACGAGGCCGCCAAAGCUUACCAGAAGCACUGCGAAGAGAAUGGCAAGCCUCAAUCUCACGCCAAAGCCAAGGAGAUCUUGGCUGGGUUCUCCGGCGCCUUCGUCGAUCGCUUGGUAGAGACGAAAGGACUUGACUUCGUUGACAAGCAGAAGGCCAAGCAUCACGCCAAGGAGCAAGCUGAGGCGGCCCUGUCAAACGCUGGACACUAUUGAUCAAGCUCAAACACUGGGAAACAUGUAAUAUAUCAAUGUACAUACUAUCAAUGAUAUUUCUGUGAAUAAC